UUUCAAUUUUUAUUGCUUGAUUAUUUGUAUUGUGCUGGCUGUUUAGUUGUUGGAUUGGUAAUUGAAUGUUGAUCAUUUGUUGUUAGGGGCUGAAUUGUUAGAGGGCUGGGAGGCUAUUGCAUAAGGGUGGGUUCUAUUUGCAUAAAUCUUUGGUCUCCUCAUCCGAUUAUGAGUUGGUUACCGUUUUGGAGAAGUACUUGAUGGCCGUUAUGAGAUUAUUGCUUCACAUGGAAAAGGUGUGUUCUCCACAGUAGUCCGUGCUAGAGAUCUCAAAGCUAAACCUGGUGACCCUGAAGAGGUUGCAAUUAAAAUGAUACGUAAUAAUGACACAAUGUAUAAAGCAGGUAUGGAAGAGUUGGUGAUAUUGAAGAAGUUGGUUGGUGCAGAUCCUGAAGACCGGCGCCACUGUGUUCGUUUUCUUUCUAGCUUCAAGUACCGGAAUCAUCUGUGCUUGGUUUUUGAGUCUCUUCAUAUGAAUCUACGUGAGGUUUUAAAGAAGUUUGGCCGUAAUAUUGGACUAAAACUUACUGCUGUGAGGACAUAUGCAAAACAACUAUUCAUUUCUUUGAAACAUUUAAAGAACUGUGGUGUUCUUCACUCUGAUAUUAAACCAGAUAACAUGCUGGUGAAUGAAGCAAAAAAUGUGUUGAAGCUUUGUGAUUUUGGCAAUGCCAUGUUUGUGGGGAAGAAUGAGAUCACUCCAUACCUUGUGAGCCGUUUUUAUCGUGCUCCAGAGAUAAUUUUGGGCUUGCCCUAUGACCAUCCAAUUGAUAUGUGGUCAGUUGGUUGUUGUUUAUGCUGAUGAUAAACUGGUAUUUGAUAUGGCUCCGUUUCUUUAUAGGGUAUUGCUCCAUGCUUCUGCAAUUAUAGUAAGUACUCCUAAUGACAUUUCUACUCAAUACUUUCUGAUGAUAAACUGUCUGGUCGUUCAUAUUGCUGCUGUUUAUAGUUAUGAGCAGCAAUGAAGCAUCAUCAUCUGCUUUAUAAAUUUCUUGAAAUCAAGAAUUAGGUAAAGCAAUUAUCAUACUAUUGUUGCAUUAGAAUGUUCUUGUUUCUCUUAUUCUAAAUUCUGAUGGAAUGACCUAAAAAUGAGGCCCAUAUUAUUUUGA